AUGAUCAUGGACAUCGGACUUCGGUACAAGGAACACAUAGCGAGCGCGGCCACGAAGGGGUUGGAGGCGGCUAUGGAGCUAAAGCGUCUUCGAGGCCUGACACCGGCGACGGCACGACGACUCUUUGUUAGCACGGUGGCGCCGGCAGUGGACUACGCCUCCAGCGUCUGGAGGCACCGGUGUAAGGAUCGGAUAGCAGCAGCCGUCAACCGUGUGCAAAAGACGAACCCUUUGCGGAAGCUGAGCAAACAGAUGCGCAAGUUUCGGCGGGUUUUCCGGUCUCCGUUCUUCGAGGUGGCCACUGCGCUCAAGAACCUGCCGGUGGAUGAACUCGAGACCAUUGCUCCUUUCGCCGUUGCACCAUGGACCGAACGGAUAAACACCAUAGUCGACGGUGCUGAGGUGGAGCCAUGGUCCGAAGCUCAUCGAGACGGAAAUGUACGAAUCGCGGUGAGCAGCUCCGCGCGCAACGACCUGGUAGGCGUGGGAGGCGUUGUCGAGAUGCCUCAAGUGUCACAAGGAGGCCCCAAGCUGGUCAAGUUCUCAUUUCUUCUCGGCGAGCGAAGUGGACAAAACGUGUUCGCGGGGAGCUGGCGGCCGCCGCGUAUGCCUUGA